AUGGUGGAGGAAGUAGUCGGUGUGGAUGACGUGCGAGCUGGUGGUGACGUCUUCGACCUAAAGGCCAGGGAAGUGAAGUCCAUAGGCUGGAGUGCAGUGGGAGACAGCAAUGGUGACUUGGUCGGGCGGUACAGCCAGGGGAGAAGCAGCAAGGAGCCCAGACACGCAGCUUUCCCAGUGAGACGAAGGACCAGUAGAGAGAGAGAGAGAGAGAAGUGGGCAGUGGCCGGCCAGUGCUGCACACCGACUCCACCUCUCAUCGCCCAGAUCCUUGCGGUACUGCCGGUGUCCGCUGCGGAGGCCGAGCGGACCUUCAGCAAGGUCACCAGGACGUUGACCGAGGUCCGGGCGACAAUGGGGGAGGAACGUUUGGAGGCGCUGGUCAUGUGCCAAACGCACCGCGACCUUCUCCCAGCCUCCGAGAAGGUGGUCGACUUCUUUAUGAAGUCUGGCUCUGGCACUCGCCGAGCGCAGCUGAAGUGAUAGACUACUGUGUCAUCUGGACUGGACAACGACAUUUGGCUCUUGCGAGAGUAGGUCCGAUUUUUCAAAGAGGCACAACUGCAUAAACAUCGUGUUUUUGUCUUUAAUACGCUCGUACAUGUAUGACAUUUAGACGUGGGGAUUUCAGUUAUGAUGAUAGAAAUAGGCCUAUAAGCCAUACUACGAGCAAAGCAAACACGAGCAAACAUAAUUGCAUCUGAGCAUUUCAUUAUUAUUUAUUAUAUCGCAUGACAAGUGUAUAUGGUAAAGGUCAAAAUUUACAUAUGGAGGCAAGAAGACGGGGUUGUCAAGAUUAAAAAAGGUCAAGGCUGAUGAAAGCAAUGUUUUUAAAUAUUACGAUGUGAUUAUUGUGAUUCUUAUAUGUUAUAUAUUAAUAUAUGCUUAAUAAAGACCAAAAGUA